AAAAAAAAUAAAAAUAAAAAAAAUAAAAAUAAAAAAAAUAAAAAUAAAAAAAAAUGUUCAAGAGAAUUAGUCAUUGCAUUAUAAAACAAUCAACAUUGCAACAUCAAAAGAGAUUAUUUACAACUCGUGUUCAUUCUCCAACGAGUCAACGAUGGAUGUAUAUGACAGGAAUGACUUUAAUAGCUACUGGAGGCUGUUAUUUUGGUUGGACAUAUUUUAAUCAAUAUUCAAACACACUCAAUAAUGAAAGAUAUAUACCACUCAAAGUGAUGGAAAAGGAGCAAAUUUCACCCGAUAGCUAUCGCUUGAGACUCUCUGUAGCGGCAACAGAGGACAAACCAUUUCCGGUCCCUUCUUGUGUUUAUAUUAAGGAUGAUAGCAUACAAGUUAUGAGACCUUAUACACCCAUCAAUCCAGACCCAUAUAAGGAUGGUUUUAUUGAUUUAAUUGUAAAACGAUACCAGAAUGGAUCUAUUUCUCGUAUGUUGACUGAUUUACAGCCUAAUGAUAAGGCUUACGUAAGAGGACCUAUGGUUGAAGAAUAUGAAUAUAAGGAAAAUUCAUUCGAUGAAGUUGGCAUGAUUGCAGGAGGCACUGGAAUUACGCCCAUGUAUCAACUUAUACGACACAUAUUAGAAAAUCCAAAUGAUAAAGAUACACAAAUCUGGCUAAUUUAUGGUAAUAAGACCUUAAACGAUAUUCUAUUAAAAUCAGAGUUAGAUCAAUUGCAAAAACGAUAUAGCGAUCGGUUUAAAGUGAAAUAUGUAUUAGAAAACCCACCAUCUGAUAACGAUAAUUAUGAAGAAGGAUAUAUUACAAAGGAAAUGAUUGAAGAAAUGAUGUUAAAUAAACCACGAAAGAAAAUAUUUGUGUCAGGUCCAGAUAAAAUGUUAGCUUCUAUAAGUGGAGAAAGAGCAAAAGAUUAUAGUCAAGGAAAACUAUCUGGAAUUUUAUUUCAAAUAAAUCUUUCAUCUGAUAAAAUAUGGAAAUUUCAAUAAAUAACGACUAUUCUUUUUUUAUUUGUUUACUC